AGAUUUACAAUUAAUCUUAAUCUUCAACUUAAAAGUUCCACUGAAUCUCAAGUUUAACUUAAAGCUGAGCUUAAAUGAAAAAAUAAGUUCAACUUCGCUCAACAGCUGAUCCAGUAUGAAAAUUUGUCCUGGCAAAAGAUGUAUUUUUUAAAUUGCAGAAUUCCAACACUUCAGUGAUUGAAUAUGUAGUAAUACUACUUUAUCAAUGUUAUAUGAUGAUAUACUUCAGAAAUAUGGGCAUAAUAAGGUAGUAUUUAUAAAAUAAAGGUUACGUUUAUCAUCCGCGCAAGGUGAUGUUCUUUUUUUUUCACUUGAAUGUAUACACGGACACGCGUACCUGUGUUCGUCUUCCUCAUUCCUCCAUCACCCACCCUCUGACGGAGUAAUUAUGGAAAAUAUUGCCGAUUUCACUUCUCCCAAGAGGAAAAGGGGAGUGAAUUGGAAAGACUGCCACACUCUGCACAUAGUAGAGCAAGUUGGGUUAAGGAAAACCAUACUUAGGGGCAAAUUCAGCCCUACUUUAACAUACAACGACAAGCGGGCAGCGUGGGAGGAGGUGACGGACAGCCUCAAUUCUACGUUUGGGCUCAGCCGCAGCCACGCAGAAGUCGAGAAGAAGUGGCAGAAUACCAAGACCACUUCCAUUCAACGGCUUUCUGCUAUGAGGGAAGCCCAAAGAAAGACAGGUGGUGGCUCAGCGGUGGAUACCUCUCUGUGUGACAUCACAGAGGCAGUCCUCAGAGUCAUCGGGGAGGACAGCAGUACAGCGAGGGGUAUAUCCAAAGGGAUAUCCCAAAAUGACACAGCCCUCAUGGAAGCAGACUUGGAUGAUGAUGCCUCCAGCACCAGCAAGGUGGGUCGUCUUGAGCCACCUCCAACUGGAAUGGAACCCAGCCCGGCCAGUGGGGAUGUAAUGGUAAGGAAGUUCUUGCGUAGCCCAUCUCCACCUCCAGUACCUCCUCCCCUUCCAUCCAACUGCCCCACCAGCAGAGAGGCUUUAGUCAUAUGCAAGGAGGCAGUAGAAGUUUCUAAGAAAAUUUACGAGGGUAACUCAGCUUGUCCUGAAACCAUCUGCACCUCCUCCACCUCCUGCACCUCCUGUGCUCAAUAG